UUGGCGAGGGGGUAAUAUUGAAAUCUUGAUCGAUCCAUCCAUCGCUGCUCCGCCGUCUACUGUUUCGGGUUCAGAGAUUCUUGGGGAGAGGGGUGGGGGGUGGAGGACGGGGAUCCCAUGCCGAUCUCGAGGAACGAGAGCUUCUCCGAGCUCGGAUGACCUCUCCUCCCGGAACCACAAGGGAGUGCGCUUCCUCGCCAGUUUCCUCCGCGUCGUUGGCGGUUCUUCGUAGCUCGGAGCUGUUCAGAUCGCAUCUUUUCCUUCAAGAACGUGGCAUUUGUAAGGCGGUGUCGGGGUCGGCAUUUCUACGUUUGAGAGUUAGGUCUGCCAUCUAGUUGUUUCGGCAUCUUGAGGAGAUUUGGAGAAACCCUAACUUAGUUCUUGAUGUGUUCUUGGGAGCUCCACUUCUUGACGUUGGUUCGGUUCAUCGAAUUGCGGCGAGGGAAUUGAGUCGUCUUGGGAAGAUGAAGCUUUCCACAGUAGGUAUCGGUCAGCAAGAACCAGAAGAGGAGGAGAAGAGAUGCUUGAAUUCUGAGCUCUGGCACGCCUGCGCUGGACCACUUGUGUGCUUACCGACAGCCGGUACUCGGGUUGUCUACUUCCCCCAGGGCCAUAGUGAGCAGGUUGCUGUGUCGACAAACAAGGAAGCGGAGGGUCAUAUCCCUAAUUAUCCAAGCUUGCCCCCUCAGUUGUUUUGCCAGCUCCACAAUGUCACGAUGCAUGCAGAUCCAGAAACAGAUGAAGUUUAUGCUCAGAUGACUUUGCAACCUUUAAGACUGCAAGAGCAGAAAGAUGCUUAUUUUCUUAUUGAGAUGGGCGUUGUAAGCAAGCAGCCAGUGAAUUAUUUCUGCAAGACUCUAACGGCAAGUGAUACGAGCACACAUGGAGGGUUUUCUGUGCGUCGUCGAGCAGCUGAGAAAGUCUUCCCUCCCCUGGAUUUCUCGCAGCAGCCACCAGCUCAGGAGCUUGUUGCCCGUGACCUUCACGGUGUUGAAUGGAAGUUCAAGCACAUCUACCGAGGUCAACCGAAAAGGCAUCUGCUUACCACAGGCUGGAGUGUGUUCAUCGGUGCCAAGAGAUUAGUCGCUGGGGAUUCUGUUCUUUUUAUCUGGAAUGAAAAGAAUCAGCUUUUGUUGGGAAUCAGGCGUGCUAAUCGUCCUCAAACUGUGAUGCCAUCAUCAGUUUUGUCAAGUGACAGCAUGCAUAUAGGGCUGCUUGCUGCAGCAGCUCAUGCUGCUGCUACAAACGGCUGUUUUACAGUAUUUUACAAUCCAAGGGCAAAUCCAUCUGAGUUCGUGAUACCACUUUCUAAGUAUGUUAAGGCUGUAUUUCACACACGUGUGUCAGCUGGGAUGCGAUUUCGGAUGCUCUUUGAGACUGAAGAAUGCAGUAUUCGCAGGUAUAUGGGAACAAUUACUGGCACAAGUGAUUUGGAUCCUGUACGCUGGCCAAAUUCGCAUUGGAGAUCGGUCAAGGUUGGCUGGGAUGAAUCGACAGCAGGUGAGAGGCAGCCAAGAGUGUCAUUGUGGGAAAUCGAGCCUCUAACAACCUUUCCCAUGUAUCCGUCUUUGUUUCCUCUUAGGCUAAAUCGCCCUUGGCAUCUUGGAGGCCCUUUUUCUCAGGACACCAAAGAAGAUGAGCUAAAUGCCCCCAUAUGGCUGAGGAAUGAUGCUGGUGAACAAGGCUCGCAUCCCUUCAAUUCCCCAUCGCUUGAUAUGGGCUCCUGGAUGCAUGAGAGACUCGAGCCGUUGCUAUCAGGGAAUGAGGUCAGUCAGUACCAAACCAUGUCAGCUGCCGCUUUGGAGGCCAUUCGAGGCGUGGAUAUUCUGAGACCACAUCUUUUACAAUAUCAGCAACCAUUUCAAUUUCUCCAACAUUUGCAGCAUCAAGAUUUUCAGCAGGUCAUCAGUUCUCCAUCACUACGUUUAUUAGAGAACCAACCAACCUCUGUUCCACAGCAACAGUUGCAGCAGCUACUAAGUGAACAGCACAAGCAGCAGGUUCAACAAACACAUGCCUAUGCAGACACAUUUGAGAUUCCCAACAAUCACCCGCAGCAACAGUCGAGUUUGUCCUCUCAAUUUUAUGAGAAGCCGAUCAUUCCAGAUUCAAGCUUUAAUAUCUUUCCCAUCACAACAUCGAGUUCUGUCCAGGGUAUAUUUGGAUCUACUUACCCUGAAGGGAACACUGACCUUCUUAACUGUUCUCAACUUGGUCAGAGCCAGCAGCCAAUGAAACCAAAACACAAUGAGUCUCAGGUGACUCCUUUCGGUGCUGGAGCUCUUCUUCCAUCAUUUGCAGAGAAGGAUGGUUCUGGUGGAAAUCAAAAUUGUCCUAGUUUCCAGAAUCAUGUCUCCUCUCUCCUCUCUAUUGCAGCUCCUAACUUAACUAUGAAUGCAACUCUCGGUGAUGCAUCUGCCACGCCAUAUGUUGCUUCAUGCAUUCAAAACUCUCUUUAUGGAUAUUUGGAUGAAUCAUCAAACUUACUGCAAAAUUCAGGAGAGAGCAAUCCACAAUCCCAAACUUUUGUGAAGGUUUAUAAGUCUGGAUCAGUUGGACGGUCUUUAGACAUAUCCCGGUUCAGCAACUACGAUGAACUGCGUGUCGAGCUGGGUCAUAUGUUUGGAGUUGGGGGUCUAUUGGAAGAUCCUCGUAGAUCAGGCUGGCAGCUUGUAUUUGUCGACAGGGAGAACGAUGUGAUUCUCCUUGGAGACGAUCCCUGGGAAUCAUUUGUGAAUAAUGUCUGGUAUAUCAAAAUACUUUCUCCUGAAGAUUUGCAUAAGAUGGGAAAGCAGGGGAUUGAUUGAGUCCACAAGUUUAUCCUCUUGAGUCUCAAGGAAAAGUGAAAUGGUUUCCUGUAUGCAUGUCCCAAGUGGUUACUCCUGAGUGAUAUCUUUUGUUAGGACAUCACCUAACAUCUGCAAGGUCAAUCAUCUCUGGUUCUAUAAAUUAUGUGUUGCCUUCCCCAUGCUUUAUAGCAUAUGUUGCCAAUCAUAAUCUGCUCAAAACUAGAUCUUGUAAUUAUGAUUGUGACUUUCUGAGUGCCUGCACUAUGUUUUACAUUCGACACCCUGAACAAGUGAUGUGUUGUAGAACCCCCUUGCAAUCAGUAGACUGUAUCUGCUUUCUGGUUAAUUUAGUUGAUCUCAGUGAUCUAUACUUGUA